UUUGGCUGAUGGAGGGGGCUGGAAAGGGAGCUGGGUUAUAGACUAGUUGCACCCCACUUUCUAUACAGCAAAGGGUUGCUGCCAGGCUCUUGUGACAGCCUCCGCUGCCCAUGGAGACUGCGACCCCCACUCUGGCAGCUGGGGGUUGAACCCCUUUAUUUGCUCCCUUCACGCCUUAUUUCUGCAGAGCAACAGAUUUCCAGGUCUUGCCUUCUCCUAACCAGUAAGAACCGGGAUCUUGCAGUGAUGACACCUGACAAACAGUUGACUCUUGGCUAGUGCUGUAAUCUGAAGAGUUGUGGCCUCUGUGGAAGCUGUCAAGAACUCGGGUUGCAUCUUUUUGGCAAGUUAAAAUUUGUACGGAUUGGCUACAGGGACAUUGUGCCUGAUCUGAGGGAAAAUAUGGAGUUUGCUGAGCUUAUCAAGACACCUCGAGCUGAUAACGUCAUACUUUACCGCCCUUUUUAUCCAUUAGUGGAAGGGACUCUCUGCUUGACAGGGCAUCACCUGAUUUACUCUUCGCGGCGGCAGGACAAUGUAGAAGAGCUUUGGCUUCUUCAUUCCAACAUUGAUUCUAUUGAAAAGCGGUUUCUUGGCUCCUUGGGCACCAUCAUUAUCAAAUGCAAAGACCUGCGGAUUAUUCAGCUUGACAUUCCUGGCAUGGAGGAGUCUCUGAACAUAGCUAGCUCCAUUGAGGCACUGUCCACUCUAGAUUCCAUCACCCUGAUAUAUCCUUUCUUUUACCGGCCCAUGUUUGAAGUCAUUGAAGACGGCUGGCACUCCUUCUUGCCUGAACAAGAAUUUGAGCUUCUCAGUUCAGUAACAAAUGAAUGGAAGCUGAGUCACGUCAACAAAGACUUCUCUGUCUGUCCCUCUUACCCGCCAAUUGUCAUUGUCCCUAAAUCAAUUGAUGAUGAAUCUCUUUGUAAAGUUGCCACAUUUCGCCAUGGUGGACGCUUCCCGGUACUCAGCUAUUACCACAAGAAAAAUGGGGUGGUGAUGAUGCGCAGUAGCCAGCCACUCACAGGUACCAACGGGAGGCGCUGCAAGGAAGACGAGAAGCUGAUCAAUGCCACUCUACGGGCAGGGAAGCGUGGCUACAUCAUCGACACCCGUUCUCUGAACAUUGCCCAGCAAGCCCGGGCCAAAGGUGGGGGCUUUGAGCAGGAGGCCCAUUAUCCACAGUGGAGGAGGAUUCACAAAUCUAUUGAGAGGUACCAUAUCCUUCAAGAAAGCCUCAUCAAGCUGGUGGAGGCCUGCAAUGACCAAUCACAUAAUAUGGACCGGUGGCUUAGUAAGUUGGAGGCAUCCAAUUGGCUGACCCACAUCAAGGAGAUUCUGACCACUGCCUGCUUGGCUGCUCAGUGCAUUGACAGAGAAGGAGCAUCUGUCUUGGUCCAUGGGAGCGAAGGAACUGAUUCAACACUACAGGUGACUUCUCUGGCUCAGAUUAUUUUAGAUCCAAGAUGCAGGACCAUACGUGGCUUUGAAGCUCUGGUUGAGAGGGAGUGGCUGCAGGCUGGUCACCCAUUUCAGCUGCGCUGUGCCCAGUCAGCCUACUCAAAUAGCAAGCAAAAAUGGGAGGCCCCUGUCUUCCUGCUCUUCUUGGACUGCGUCUGGCAAAUCCUUCGUCAAUUCCCUUGUUCCUUUGAGUUCAACUACCACUUCCUCAUCAUGCUCUUUGAACAUUCCUAUGCUUCCCAGUUUGGCACUUUCUUGGGCAACAAUGAAAAUGAAAGGUGUAAGCUCAAGCUGCCCCAGAAGACGAUGUCCUUGUGGUCUUGGGUGAAUCGGCCUGAAGAACUCAACAGGUUCAAGAAUCCUCUCUUUGAGGCCAAUAGUCUGGUGAUCUGGCCCUCAGUUGCACCGCAGAGUCUGCAGCUCUGGGAAGGAGUCUUUCUCCGUUGGAACCGAUCCUCCAAAUUUCUAGAUGAAUCCUAUGAAGAAAUGAUCAAUAUCAUCAAAUAUAACAAGGAACUUCAAGUGAAAGUGAAUAUGCUGAGGAGGCAGCUGGUGGAGCUGGAGACAGAUGACAACAUGCAGGAUGAUGGGAUGCCAGAGAGUCCCUGA